GUUUUUAUCGUUGAAUAUAUCGCGGUCUACAAAACUGUAAUCUAAUUUCGCUGGUUGAUGAUGAGUUGUUUCAGUCCAGAAACAGAAUUUUAUGUCAUACGAGAGACACGGUCGACAAUAUAUUAUACUGGAUUGCGUAGGGAAUCCACCUUCGACGCUCACUUAAUGUGUACUUUACCGUUCGAAAUAAGAAGUCGAAUCUUGUCACUACUCUCAAUUAACGAUCUCAUCAGUUUAUCUGAUUCCUGUGAAGAAUUUCGCCGAGUAGUCGAGGCGUACUGCUUAUCUAAAUCCUGUCGGCAACUGUCGCAUUUCUACAACCCUCAUGACCAUGAAAGCAGUGUCACUGAUGGCCUUAUUGAACUUACGAAUUUUUACAGCUCUGUGGGAAUCCUUUUCAACUGUAUUUUCAAAGGUGCAUCGUUGUGUUGCACUUUAGAAAUGCUUAAGUCCAACCUAAAACGUCACUUGCCUGAUUUAAUGAGACAGUUUCCACUACAAAACCGGAGGUCUCAAGUUUAUGGCCGAAAUCGUAAAAUAUGUUCCAUGGCGUGUUAUAGAUGUCCGUCUCUUUAUUUGUACGGUAUCUUCUUAAAAGAACUUACAAGUGGCUGGAGUGAAAAUGCCACUGAUCGUGUUUUCAAAAUACUGGUUCAUGUGUGCUUUAAUCAAAAUUUUUGGCUACGCCUUUCACGCGUUCUCUCUCAAAGACCAGCUGCAGAUCGUCGUUCUGAACUGGCUAUCCGUCUUUUUAUGAGAAAGGUAUUCCUGGAUCCUGUCGCCUUACCAUUUGUCGAUGAACAGAAUCAUAGUCCUUUCUAUACCGGCUGUCGUAAGGGAACUUAUACAUUAACGGGUAACAACUCAUUGGUUGUUGAGGAUGAUAGCUCACAAGAAGAGGGACGAGUUGAAACGAAAAGCCGUCGACUUAAAAAAACUGAAGAUGCCAUAUUACUUCAAAAUCCACGUGCUGCUGCAGCUAACAGCUAUUACAAUAGUGCAGGUCCUUCAACAAAUUCGGUCAAGUCUGCGAAAUCAUCUCGUUAUGUCGCGGGCCCGUCUUCUUCAUCUGUGGUCCUACCUUCUCAAGUUUCAUCAUUUCGCAGUAGCGAACCCUCUUGGAAAUAUAAUUGGAAAGCUUCGGGAAUUUUGAAGAAAAUUCUGAAGAAUUUUGACGUCAAAAAGCAAGCGAGACUUCUAUUUAUUCUUUACGGACCAAUAAGUAGAGGUUAUUUAAUGUGGCGAACAGUGUGUCGAAAUACAGCUGCUGAUGGUAACCAAUUAUUGACUUGCUUUGGCGAACUCGGAGGUGUUAUUUGUAACAUGUUUUAUUCUGGCUUAUGGACAUCUGCAGAUGUUAUUCGUAUUUUCGAUAAUAUCACUGUUUUACCGAAUGAAUGGCUAUCAGAAAACAUUGCCUGUUUAAUGUAUUGCUCAGGUUUGUUUAGUCUUUUUAUCACAUGAACAAAUUAACGUUUAUGAAAUAAAAAUUGAAAAGAGUGAAAAUAAUCUGAACAAGCCUAUUUUGUUUUGUUAUCUAUCACCUUUCUUCCAAGGACUUGAAGCACAGACUUUGUAAUGCAUAGUAGUAGUAGUAGUAGUAGUGUGUUAUGCUUUCCCAUGUCAUCUUCCACUAUGUGCAUGAAUUGAUGUUUGGAUGUCACAGGAUUUGUUUGUAAGAUCAGAAAGAAUGGUAGUUUUUAGGCUUGAAUUACGAUUCCUCUGUGUGUAUCUCACACUCAUAUCUCAUUGGACUAACUUAUUGAGAUGUUUUGUAUAGUUUUGAGAUUAAAAAUGAACAGGUUAAGUAGAGUUUAUUUAUAUUUAUUUCCGACUAUAACCGCUAAGUUAUUUGAAGUUGAUUUGUCUUCAAAAAUAAAAGUGGUGACGACCUUUCCCAUACUCUGUGAACUUGUAUUGUUCACCUAUUGAUAUAUGGACAUAGCAUAUCUCAUCAGUCUGGUAUACGUCAUCACCACCAUUCAGCUGUCAUUCAUCUGUUAGUCAGACAGAAACAAAUAGUAUGUUGUCAUAUGAUGAGUGUCAACCAAUCAGAAUCGAGAACUAUCGCAGAGGGUGAGAUUGGUUCCUACUGGAUAAGAGCUUUGGCUAAUGUGUAUGACACCAUGAUAGGCAUUGACUCCCUCAUUGUGCUCGUCAGUUGUCGUCUGGGUUGACAAUUUGGAGUGUGUACUCCCAUUCCACCUGCUGUCACAGACUCCUAACACCUCCAUGCCAUAUAUCUCCUUGUUUAUCGUCAAUCUGUGAAGCCUUCCCAGCUGACUCUGUAUAUUGUGUAAAGAUUCCACGUUCUCGUGUUAACUUUUGCUUUGAUCGAAAGAAGAUACAUCAGAUGACUGGCUCCAUGGUGGCUUUGACCAGCCCAAAUCAUUCCGUCUGUCUGAUUCAAGCAAGUUAUGAGAUUUUGUAAAUACUUUUGUCGUGAUUUGAAGUUUCUGUAGGGAUUAGACUGAUUUUUCAGGGUACGGUGGCUAUCUUCAGACGCAAUGUUCCUUCUUUUCCCGGGCUUAGAACCAGCUGGAAAAUCAGUGAACUAAUUAACUAGUGGGGGUUUAUUGACUGAAUUUAUAUGGAUUGUUACUUAUACUAACCGUCUUAUUCAAUGUCUUAGUGAAGUGGUGAGGAUAUUGGUUAUUUUUAACAGAUUUGCCCCCUUUCGUUUUAGUAUACUUGAAUACUUUGAACGGAGGUGAUCGAUUUUAGUUUGAAUUUCCUCAGGCAGUUGGUCUUCGCGCUCAAAGUGUUGCUGUAGUCAUAUCAAAUGUUACUAUCACUCUUUUUUUAGAGAUGUUUUACUUUACACAGGUGCAAUAUAUUUUAUGGCACCGUUAUUGAGUAUGCGAAAAUACCUUGCUCUAAUGUACCAACAGAAGACAAGGGCCAGGCA